UCAUGCUCCAGAGUUGCAAAUCUGCAUCCAGGACUUUCCAGAAUUACAGGAGAAGGAGUUGCUGGAGUUGGUCGUUACCUGGCUUGGCAUGUGCUGGCCUGGGAACCCGUUCAUCAUUGGUGUUGAAGUAUUGUGCGAGGAGUCUUGGAGUAACCAUGGCCAUGUGGAGAUCGCCGAGGGCACCGUGGCGGUCUAUCAACAGUGCGAUACCAUCGAAGAGUUGCGCCGGGAGAAUCUCCAGGCAGACAUGGGGCUCUCCGAGAUCGUCUGGAACCUGGCGAUCUUAAAGGCUUCGGUGCCCACCAAAGUUUGUUCCAUUAACGAGCAUGCUGGCUCGUUGCCGUCAACAACUCCGGACGGUAGACACCGCGCGAACCAUCGCAAGGAACCGCUUCUGUCGCAGGUUAUGUUGCCAGGCCGCGACUUUGACACGCGGGUGAAGGGCAGCCGCUGGUUGGUUAACCCUAGCAGUGGCUACGAGCUCCGCCGCAU